GGCAACGGGGUCAUAAAGGCAUGUCAAUAAUUAAUGUGAACCUUUGGAUGAAGUUUUCAGAGCAGAGCAGUGCCGUCUGCCUCGUCCUCGUCCGUCAGCUCCAACACACUGAAAAGCUGCAGCUCCAGACCAGUAAGUACAAAGUGGAAGAAGUGGGAGGCAGACGACAGGUGAGGAGAACCAGAGGCUUCGCUUCGGCUCAGACUGGCGCCAUGGGCUGCUGAAUGAAUGAACCCGCUGAAGCUUCAGCAUGAAGUCGUCUUCAUCAUCAGCCAACUCCACCUCAGAGACGCCACCACAGGAAACUCAGCUCCUCCCGUCUUCAUCGGCUCCUCCUGCUCCUCUUCCUCGUCUGUCUCUGCAAAGUCCAGAGCUGCAAGCUGCGUUUCUACGAGAGAGUCAGAACAAAGUUGAGUUGCGCAGAAAAACCAGUGAAUCCAGCAUCGUCGGCUCUCCUUUCUCCCCUCUUUCCCUUUUUUCUUCCUCGUCGCCCCCGCCCUCCCCUUUCACCCCCUCUUCCUCACCCCGGAGCUCCUCGUCCUCCUCACCUUCACCGUCUCCUCACCACAGCAACAGGCCAGCUCGUCUCUCGCUGUCCAGCCCUGAGCUGCUCUCUGAGCUAAAACAGCACCGGAGGCGUUCCCUCCAUCAUGUUCCUGCACACAAUGGAAUGACCACUGUGUUCUCUGGACGAGGAAGAGGAGGAGGACGGGCGUCUGGCUCCACUCCCACCACACAAGCAGCCAAUCAGAAGGCGUCAAGCCGAGGUCGUCAGAGCAGAUGAUGUGAACCAGAGGCCACAAGCUUCAGCUCCAUCGUUUUCUACAGUCUUCAAACAAAACCCUGCAAUAUUUGUAACUUACAUAAAAUCCUCUGUAUGAAUGAAAAGUAAACUACAGCAGUGUUUUGUUUCUAACUGCGCUUUUCUAGACAUAAGAAUAAUAUUAUAUCAUAUUUACACACAUCUCUGUCAAAACCUGUAGACCUUAACGCAAGUCACUUUCGAACAAACUCAGUUUAGUGUCUUUAGUGUCAGUGGAAAUCAGGAAACAUGUUCGAUGAGAAAAAACUUGUAUUUAUAGUGUCAAGCAUCACAAAGCUGCAUGUUUAAUUUGUACCUUUAAAAGGAAUUUUUGCACUGAUUUUGCAUAGGGGUUAACCAAAACGACAUUGGGUAGUAUGUAAGAAUGAAGGGACACUCACAUUCCUCCAUAUUGUCUACACUACAGUUCAAAAGUUUGGGGUCACUCAGAAAUGUCCUGUUAUUGACAGUAAAGCACAGUUUUUUGCAAUGAAAAUAGCUUCAAACUAUUCAGAAAUACACUGUAUACACUGCUAAUGUGGUAAAUGACUAUUUUAGCUGCAAAUAGCAACUGCAAAAUGUUUUUUGAUGCAAUAAAUACAUAGGCGUAUGGAGGCCGAUUUCCAGCGA